CCCCACAAGAAGGAGCACCCUGUUGUGCUAAGUGCGUUCUAAAGACUCUAAUUCCAACUCCGACCGGAUGUAGUAACUGAUUGCAUAAACCGUGACAUAGACGAGAUUUCAAGACUGCAGUCUCUACAAUCAUGUCUGCUAAGUCGGUAUUUCAAGAGGAGAAAAAUCCACGGGGUAUUCCAAAAGCUCCAUUCAUCGCAAACGUCGAAGAAUAUCUGGGAGGCCCAGAUGGCGCGGUCGAGACUCCCCUGAAGAAUUUCCAGGAUGCUAUCGCGAAGUACCGAUAUAUGGAUGCCAACCUAACACAACGAAGAAAAGGUCUGGAAGACAAGAUACCUGACAUCAGAAAGACAUUACAUAUGGUGGAGUUCCUGCAAGAGAGAAGAGAAGGCAAGAACAAGAACGACGAUUUGGAGGAUGAUCUCAGUGACGAGGAAUUCUCCGACAAUCCCAAAAAGCCGCUUACCACAACGUUCGAAUUAAAUGACACGCUCUUUGCGGAAGCAGAACUUGAGGAUACCGACACUGUCUAUCUAUGGCUAGGGGCGAAUGUUAUGCUAUCGUACAAGUUGUCGGAGGCUGCAUCGCUCCUGCGGUCCAAAUUGGAUCUUGCAGAGGCUAGCUUAAAAGCUACGAUCGAAGACUUGGAAUUUCUGCGAGAGCAGCUGACGGUGAUGGAAGUCAACACUGCUAGAGUUUAUAAUUGGGAUGUUAAGCGGAGAAGAGAGCGUCGAGUAGCCGGAGAAGCCAACGGAAAGAAGGGUGGCUAGCAUUUGCGUAAAGUCGGGCAAAAUCUUCAAGCUUCGAUGCCCGCCAGGGAUCCUAUUUGCAAUACAUGAACUCGUGUAUAUUAUGUACAAAGACACUCCUUCGGUCUGCUCUUUCGACGACAAAUAACGCGAAAGGCCGCUCGCGGCAGAGCCCGCUACGGUCGUUUGAAUUCAAAU